CUUAAUUUCUAGCUAUUUACCUCGUAAAUAAAAGAAGAAGAAAGAAGAAAAAAACAACAGAGACUUGUAUGGUGUUGUAAUUCCAUGACAUAAAUUUAAGGAAGAGGUAGAAGCUAGGUAUGUCCGUAGCAUAGCUGUUUUUUAUUUGUUAUUAUUUUCAUCGUGGUUGUGGUGGUGGCGGUGACAUCGGUGUCUAGGUGGUAGAGGAAAUUAAUUCAAGAUGGCGGCGGCGGUAGCUGCGGUGAAAGCUGCGGCAAAUAAUUCGUCAGAUGGUUCAAUAGUGUGUUAUGCGCCAACCAUGAUCACCACAAAUGGUAUAUGGCAGGGCGACAAUCCUUUGGACUACUCCCUCCCGCUCUUCAUUUUGCAGUUAACUAUGGUCGUCAUUACUACUCGUAUCCUCGUUGUCAUUCUCAAACCCUUUCGUCAACCUCGUGUCAUCUCAGAAAUUAUGGGUGGAGUAUUAUUGGGGCCAUCGGUGCUUGGAAAGAGUGAAAAAUUCGCCACCACAAUAUUCCCUCUAAGAAGUGUGAUGGUCCUGGAGACAAUGGCAAAUGUGGGUCUCCUCUACUUCCUCUUCCUUGUUGGAUUGGAGAUGGAUAUUUCCGUAAUUCGGCGCAUGGGCAAGAGGGCCGUCGUCAUUGCCAUUGCCGGCAUGAUCCUCCCCUUUCUCAUUGGGGCCGCCUUCUCCUUCCUCCUCCACAAGCGAGAGCAACCCAUGAACCAAGGCACUUUCAUUCUCUUCCUCGGCGUAGCCCUCUCCGUCACCGCCUUCCCCGUACUCGCCCGAGUACUGGCCGAGCUCAAGCUCGUCAACACCGAGCUCGGCAGGAUCGCCCUCUCCUCUGCCCUCGUCAACGACAUGUGCGCCUGGGCCCUCUUAGCCUUGGCCAUUGCCCUUGCGGAAAAUGACACCUCCUCAUUGGCCUCCCUCUAUGUCGUCCUCUCUAGCGCAGCCUUUGUCCUCAUAUGCAUCUUCAUCGUUCGCCCUGCCGUGUGCUGGAUCAUCCGAAGAACCCCCGAGGGAGAGAGCUUCAGCGACUUCUACAUCUGCCUCAUCCUCACCGGUGUCAUGAUCUCGGGCUUCAUCACCGAUGCCAUCGGGACCCACUCUGUUUUCGGGGCUUUCGUGUUCGGUUUAGUCAUCCCCAACGGGCCUCUGGGCGCCACCCUGAUCGAGAAGCUGGAGGACUUCGUCUCGGGGCUUUUGCUUCCUCUUUUCUUCGCAAUUAGCGGUCUCAGAACCAACGUAGGCAGCAUCCAGGGGCCCGGCACGUGGGGGAUUCUGUUACUGGUCAUAUUUCUGGCAUGCGUGGGGAAAAUUGCAGGCACUAUCAUUGUCUGCCUCUUCUACCAGAUGCCCUUCGACGAAGGCUUCACUCUGGGCCUGCUCAUGAACACCAAAGGCCUGGUUGAGCUCAUUGUGCUCAAUGUCGGAAGAGACCAGAAGGUUUUGGACGACGAGGCGUUUGCCAUUAUGGUGAUUGUGGCGGUCGUGAUGACCGGAAUCAUCACCCCCAUCGUCACCACCGUUUACAAGCCGGCCAGAAGGUUUAUACCUUACAAACGACGUAGCAUUCAGAGAUCCAAGCCCGACGCAGAGUUGCGAGUACUUGUCUGCGUCCACACCCCUCGAAAUGUGCCCACUAUGAUCAAUCUCCUUGAAGCUUCCCACCCCACUAAAAGAUCCCCGCUCUGCAUCUACGUCCUCCACCUGGUGGAGCUAAGCGGGCGGGCUUCCGCCAUGCUCAUUGUCCACAACACUAGAAAAUCUGGCAGACCUGCGCUCAACAGAACGCAGGCCCAGUCGGAUCACAUCAUCAACGCUUUCGAGAACUACGAGCAGCACGCCGGCUGCGUCUCCGUGCAACCGCUCACAGCCAUCUCUCCCUACUCCACAAUGCACGAGGACAUCUGCAACUUGGCGGAGGACAAGCGCGUCGCCUUCUUAAUCAUUCCCUUUCACAAGCAGCAAACAGUGGACGGAGGGAUGGAGGCCAUGAACCCCGCGUUUCGAACAAUGAACCAGAACGUUCUUGCAAACGCUCCUUGCUCAGUUGGGAUUCUCGUGGACCGAGGCCUCAACGGCUCCAACCGCUUGGCUGCCAACCAAGUGUCUCAUCACGUGGUCGUUCUCUUCUUCGGGGGACCCGACGACAGAGAGGCGCUGUCCUACGCGUGGAGGAUGUCGGAGCAUCCCGGGAUAAGCCUGACCGUGAUGCGGUUUGUUCCUGGGGAUGGCGCCGGAGGAGCGGAAAGCGCUUCUGCUGCUGCUUCCGCCACUACCGCUACCGAUGCGGAGGGAAACAAUUCAAGGAUACUGUCGGUGGAGACAGACUUAGGGUGGGAGAAGCAGCUGGAUGAGGAGUUGAUCAAUGAUUUUAGAAUGAAGAAUGUCAACGACGAGUCCAUUCUUUACACUGAGAAGUUGGUGAAUAACGGAGAGGAGACGGUGGCGGCGAUUAGGUCAAUGGACAACGUUCAUGACCUGUUUAUUGUGGGGAGAGGGCAAGGCAUGAUAUCGCCUUUAACGGCGGGACUGACGGACUGGAGUGAGUGCCCGGAACUUGGCGCCAUUGGGGAUUUGUUAGCUUCUUCAGAUUUUGCAGCGACAGCGUCGGUUUUGGUGAUGCAACAAUAUGUUGGGGAUCAAGAUCAAGGCCCUGCGGAAGACGUAGACACCCUUCAAACGCCAAACAGCCCAGAUGAACAAAACGCACAGUUUAACAAUGCCAACCAGAUAAACCGCCGGUCUACACCACCCAGGCCCCAAGAUGGUUUUAACCCCUAAUUGUCAAUUUUUGUUUUCACCAUUUUUCAUUUUUCAAUUUUUGAUUGUUUAUUGCGAAGAAAGAAAGAAAGAAAAAACACAACAAUAACGAUGAUGAUGCUGUUAAUUACAUCAUGGCUUUUGUAAUUAAACAACUAGUUUUUUUGUUGUAACUUAACUUCUUGCCUUUGAUCAGACAUCUCUAUUAUAUAA